CGGGGCUCCAACACGCCAAACAGCCGCCCCCGACACGCUAAAUACCUCCCCCCAAAGGUACAGUCAGGUACAGUACAGUACUAAGUAAGUAAGUAUUCUUGCGGCGCUGGAGAUCCGCCGACGUUCAUCCGCCACCGCAAUACACUGUAGCUGGGGUCUUAUUGUAAUAAUCACAGUUAGAUACAGUACAUUGCCUGAACGUCAAUUACGCGCACCGGCUCACCAGCUCACCACUCAAACGCUCGUCGCCCACUUUUGGAAUCGCACACUCUAGCUUCCUCAGCAUGCUUCCGCUCGGUCUCCUCAACGCCGCAAAGGGUCGCUCAGUGCUAGUCGAGCUCAAAGAUGGCGAGUCGCUCACAGGCCACCUGGAAGCAUGCGACACAUGGAUGAACUUGACUCUGAAAGAAGUCGUGUCGACAAGCAAAGAUGGAGAGACGUUUUUCAGGCUACCAGAAGCUUAUGUUAGAGGAAACACGAUCAAGUUCCUGCGAGUGGAGGACUCAAUCAUGGACGAUCUGAAGAAAAUACAAGCUGCCGAGCAAGCGCAACGCUCAACUCGCGGAGGAGCUGGUCAUCGUGGUGGUCACGGAGACCGGGGAGAUCGUGGACGAGGGAUGGGCCGAGGUGGCCGUGGAGGAAGAGGCCGGGGUCGAGGAGCUUGAGCAUUUGAAUGUCAAAUGUCAGUCCCAUCAAUAAAAUAAGACGGAAGGUGCAGUCGCUGUACAUGGCCCUUGUCCUGGUUAAGAAAACGCGUGCGACAAGACCUAUGGAGGACUACACCAUGGUGUAGUCACCUUGGAUGGAACAGGGUAAAUGAUAUCCUUGCCCAAGGAAAGCGGUCGCCAAACGCGGGUACAGAAAUAGGAUCAACCUGGCUUUCCAAAAGCCAUGCGCCGUAGAUGAAUGAUCACUGGCCCAGCCCCGUAUACCCCCGUAGUUUGAUGAUACGUAUAUGAUGAUGACAUGUCAAUGAGAACAAUGUGAACAACUUAGUCCUGCUCUAUACAGCAGUGAUACACCAAUGCAUCAAAUCAGAUGGUGUGGUGGCAGCAGG